GGAGUCACAUGGGAGUUGUUUGUACCGGACACCUCUAAUUCUUCUCUCUUCUUCUUCUUCUUCCUCUUCAUCCCUCUCUCUCUUCCUCUUCCUCUUCUCUCAUCUACCACCGCCACCACUACUCCCGCCACCGCCAUGGUCUUCUCCUUCCUCCCCACAAAAUUUCCAGUCUGAUUCUCUCUCUCUCUCCUCUUGCUCUUUCUUUCUUUCGCUCUUUCUCUCUCCUCUUCCUUCCCAUCUGAGCAUGGCUGACGAUAAGGAAAUUUCUGCUCCCGUUGUAGACGGUAGCGAUCCAACCGGUCACAUCAUAUCCACAACCAUUGGAGGCAAAAAUGGAGAACCAAAACAGACUAUUAGUUACAUGGCGGAGCGCGUUGUGGGAACCGGUUCAUUUGGAAUUGUUUUCCAGGCGAAAUGCUUGGAAAGUGGCGAGACUGUGGCUAUAAAGAAGGUUUUGCAGGACAGAAGAUACAAGAAUCGGGAACUUCAAUUGAUGCGUGUGAUGGACCAUCCAAAUGUGGUUUCUUUGAAGCACUGUUUCUUUUCCACUACCAGUAAAAAUGAACUCUUUCUCAAUCUGGUUAUGGAAUAUGUCCCGGAGACUAUGUACCGCGUUUUGAAGCAUUACAGCAAUGCAAACCAGAGAAUGCCACUGAUCUAUGUCAAGCUUUACAUGUACCAGAUUUUUAGAGGGCUGGCUUACAUACACAGCGUUCCUGGAGUUUGCCAUAGGGAUUUGAAGCCUCAAAAUCUUCUGGUUGAUCCUCUUACUCACCAAGUUAAGCUUUGUGAUUUUGGAAGUGCAAAAGUGCUGGUGAAAGGAGAAGGAAACAUAUCAUACAUAUGUUCACGUUUCUAUCGGGCUCCUGAACUUAUUGGUGCUACGGAUUAUACAACUUCAAUCGAUAUCUGGUCAGCUGGUUGUGUCCUAGCAGAGCUUCUUUUGGGCCAGCCAUUGUUCCCGGGAGAAAAUGCAGUUGACCAGCUUGUGGAGAUCAUCAAGGUUCUUGGCACGCCAACACGUGAAGAAAUUCGUUGCAUGAAUCCAAAUUAUACUGAUUUUCGAUUUCCACAGAUAAAAGCUCAUCCUUGGCACAAGGUUUUCCACAAACGGAUGCCUCCAGAAGCAAUUGAUCUGGCUUCCAGACUGCUGCAAUACUCACCAAGUCUUCGCUGCACAGCUCUAGAAGCUUGUGCACAUUCUUUCUUUGAUGACCUUCGUGAGCCCAAUGCUCGUCUUCCAAACGGUCGCCCAUUUCCACCUCUCUUUAAUUUCAAGCAGGAGUUGUCCGGCGCCACCCCAGAACUUAUCAAUAGGUUGAUACCUGAUCAUGUGAAACGCCAGAUGGGUCUGAACUUCUCGCAUCCGGCUGGCACAUAAGUGUGGAGAAGUUAAAAUCCAAGUUGCUAUCUUCUAGUUGAUGUGUGACACAAAGGUUUUACUUUCUUUGUGGGUAAAUCACGACAGAUUGAAGCCAUCACGACAGAUUGUCAUUUUGUUGCUCUACCAAGAAGAGUACAAACUGCGGCGGGAUGGAUGGCUUCAUGUAAUGUGGUCUCUCCUCUAUGAUUUCCUCCCUUUCCCCGAAAUUCCUUUUUGUUCAUGUACAUGUUUGAUAGUAAAAGAUAGCCGGAGUCGGACUGGUAAGGAAGCUGCUGUUAGACGAGGAAAAGCUAGGAAACCCGGAAACCUGGAAACGUGUAUUUAUAUAGCUAGGAAGAAGGGCUCUCAUAAUAGAGAAUGUCGUUGGUUGCUGCUGGAUGGGUUUCCUCUACUUAAAUGUUGUUUCGUAUUUAGUCCUGCGGUGGUUUGUGGUCGCCGACUUGAAAUUCCGAACAAAUAUUGUUACUUGGCUACUGUUUGUUCCAACUUUUUAGUGUAAUGCAUUGUCUCCUUAAUGUA